AUGAAGCUAUUGUUAGGCCUGUUAUUCCUUCAGUUGCUCUCCUCGGAAGGUAAUGCAGAUAACUUGGAAGAACAGGAGAAACUAAAGGCUCUAAGAAGCUUCCAGUUUCCAUGUGAGCAGGUGAUGUUACCUGAGACCCCUUCAACUUCAGUUCACGCUUUGAGGCUAGCUGACAUUAAAACAGUCACUGCAAUAGGAAGUUUGCAAAGAACACCAGGAUCUGGUGUACACCAUGAGGAUUUACUCCAAAGCACAGGAAAGAGCCUUCUUGAAGUAAGCGUGGAAACUUUAGCAGCUCUCAUUAGCCGUUUUAAUCCCUCGGUCCUACACCAGUCUCCUCCGCCUGGCACAAAGGGAGCAACACCAGACAGUCAAGCCAUAGACCUCCUGCAUCAAGCUGAAGAAAUAGUGAAGCUCAUGAAAGAGAAUCAGAAGAACUGCGUAUUGCACAACCUGGAACAACUUAAAACUGUCUUGGAUUUUUUGUAUAAAAAGGUUCCCAAGGCCUUUGUAAAUCUGGUGGAUUCCACUGAACUCACAAUUUUCUCUCUUGCAUGCCAAGAUUACAAUAAUGUCAGCAAUCCAGGCAGGAAUCAGUGCAAUUGUAUUGGUGAACACUCCACAUUAGAUGAUAAUAUAUUGAGGUGGUCCUAUCAGGAUGCUUGGGAAAAACUGAUGGAGUCUGAGAGGUUUAAUCAAAAGGAUGACUUCACUGUCGUUCCUCAGCCUUCUCUCCAAGAAAGAAAUCUGCUGCUCAGACGAGGCAGGGAUGGUUUCAUUACCACAUCAAAGACACAAGUGGAAACUCUGGAAGAAGAAUAUACUUUCAUGGCUGUGGGCCUCUGGAACAACAUGAUAGAGCCAGUUGGACAGAAGCAGCCUUAUGGUGUCACAAAAAUGCUUCAGGUCCAGUGUCCAUCUCAGGAAAAUCCAUAUUUGUUCACAUAUAGAAAUAGUAACUACUCAUCUUCCCUGGAGACAUCAAACACCAAAGAAACAUCUCAGGAGAAGAGUUAUGGAACAAAUAUUCCUUGCUUUGACCGGGAUCCCUCUGAUACAGUUCCGGUUUCAGUUCAUAAUUUAAAACCAGCAGAUAUUCAGGUGAUUGGUGCCCUGGGAGAUUCACUCACAGCAGGUAAUGGGGCAUCAUCCAAACCCCAUAAUGUUCUGGAUGUCCUGACUCAAUACCGAGGUGUUUCUUGGAGUGUUGGAGGAAAUGAAAACAUAAGCACAGUCACGACACUAGCAAACAUACUUCGUGAGUUCAACCCAUCCCUGAUAGGAUAUUCCAUUGGCACUGGAAAAGAAACUACAGAUAAUGCUGCACUCAACCAAGCCGUUGCAGGAGAUCUUUCAGAGGAUGUUCCUGCACAGGUUAGAAGACUAGUGGACCGCAUGAAGAAUGAUACCAGAAUAAAUUUGCAGACUGACUGGAAGCUCAUAACACUUUUCAUAGGAGGAAAUGACCUAUGCAAAUUCUGCAACAAUCCAGUACAAUAUUCUCCUGAAAACUACACCUACAAUCUGCAAAUAGCCUUGGACAUACUUCACAGAGAGGUUCCACGGGCGUUUGUGAACCUAGUGACAGUGCUUUCCAUAGCAAGCCUCCGGGAGCUGCAUGCAUCAGAAAACAAUACCUGCCCAAAGCUGCUUAUGAGGAUCCUGUGCCCUUGUGUCAUAAACCCUGAGGACAAUUCCAGUGAGUUUAAGAAAUUGGUCUACUUUAACAGAAGGUAUCAGGAGAGAACCCGACAGUUAGUGGAGAGUGGAAGGUAUGACACUACAGAUGAUUUCACAGUGGUUAUACAGCCAUUUCUAAUGAAUGUGAACAUGCCAAAAACACAGGAGGGGUUGCCAGACAGUUCAUAUUUUGCCCCAGACUGUUUCCACUUCAGCCAGAAGGCUCAUUCCCAGGCUGCACGUGCUUUGUGGAACAACAUGCUGGAACCCUUAGGGGAGAAGACAGAUGAUCAGCAAAUAGAAGAUGAGAUUGUUCUCAAAUGUCCAAGUGAAGCUGAACCAUUCCUGAGGACAUAUAAGAACAGUAAUUACACAUACCCUAACCAAACUCUAAGUUAUGGAAGCCAGCUGCUAUGCGAGGACAGGUCUCCAUCCUCCCCUCCUGCAACUUCAGUGCAUUCCCUAAAGCCAGCUGAUGUGAAAAUUAUAGCAGCCCUUGGGGAUUCUUUGACGGCUGGUACAGGAAUUGCAUCAGAUAAUCUCCUGGAUUUGGACACUGAAUACCGGGGACUGUCUUGGAGUAUUGGAGGAGAUGGGUCAUUAGAGAAUGUGACAACUCUACCUAACAUCUUUCGCGAGUUCAAUGUUAUGGUCAUGGGCUAUUCGACUGGCACAGGGAGUGAGAAUGAUUCGAAUGCAUUCCUUAACCAGGCAGUUCCUGGAGCACAGGCUGAGCACUUACCAGCCCAAGCAACAAAUCUCCUGAGACUAAUGAAAACUGACCCUAGAAUUGACAUCAGUGCUGACUGGAAGCUCAUAACGGUGAAUAUUGGAAGCAACGAUCUGUGCAACUAUUGCAAAGACCCUGAUCACUACUCAGCUGUGAAUUUUAUCAGAAGGGUACAAGAAACUCUUGAUAUUCUGCACAAGCAGGUUCCGAAGGCUCUGGUGAGCCUGGUUGAAGUGAUAGACCUCCUUCCUCUGAGACAGUUGUUUGUGGACACUCAAGUUCAGUGCCCCACUUACAUGGCAGAUCAUCUGUGUAGCUGUGUUCUCACAGGAGAAGAAAACUCAACAAAUUUAACGAUGGUGAGGGAAGCCACCAGAGCUUACCAGCUUGGCAUUCAGAGAUUAAUGCAGUCUGGCAGAUAUGAUACCCAUGAAAAUUUCACAGUGGUCAUCCAGCCUUUCCUCCAGAAUCUCAAAAUUCCUUUUGGUCAGGAUGGGCAUCCAGAUGUCUCCUACUUUUCACCUGACUGCUUCCAUCCAAGCCAGAAAGGCCAUUCCCAGCUUGCCAAGGCUCUCUGGAAUGCUAUGUUACAGCCUGUAGACCAGAAAGCUGACUCAUUUGAUUUCAUGGCUGACAUUGUCCUCGACUGUCCAACCCAGAACAAACCAUUCCUGGGAACAUACAAGAACAGCAACUACACACACCCACCUGUGGAGCCCACUAACCAGCCAAUAGAGAAUUGGGGCAGUAACCUGUCAUGUUCUGAACAGGCUCCAUCCAGUCAUGUCCCAACAUCAGUUUUUUUUCUACAACCUGCUGACAUCAAAGUCAUAGGAGCACUGGGAGAUUCCCUAACUACUGCAGUAGGAGCCAAAGCAACUGACCUACAAACAGACUGGAGGGGACUUUCCUGGAGUAUGGGAGGUGAUGGGACCCUGGAGACCCAGGCUACUUUACCCAAUAUCUUGAAAAAAUUCAAUCCCAACCUCUUUGGCUUCUCCACUGGCAGCUCUAAGGAAACAGCUGGGUUCAAUGUUGCAGAGAGAGGUGCCACAGCACGUAAUAUGUCAGCCCAAGCACGUGAAUUGGUGGAGCUAAUGAGAAGCAGCUCGAAAAUUAACUUCAAGGAAGAUUGGAAGCUGAUCACUGUCCUUGUUGGAGGCAACGACCUAUGCCAGUACUGCUUGGACAAGGAAACCUAUUCAGUGCAAAAGUAUGUAAAGCACCUUCAGAACACUCUGGAUAUUUUCUAUGAGGAGCUCCCAAGAGUCUUUGUCAACAUGGUGGAGAUACUAGAGAUUUCUGGACUACGUCAGAUUGCAGGAAGCUCUUCAGAGUGUGCUUUGACAGUAAAGAAUGUUUGCCCAUGUUUCUUAAACCCUGAGGAAAAUUCUGAUGAACUACAAGAAAUUAAGAGAGUCAACAGAGAUUUUCAGGCUGAAGCCUUACAGCUGAUCAACAGUGGUCGGUAUGAAGAGCGUGAGGACUUUGCAGUUGUCAUGCAGCCGUUUUUCCGAAACACUUUGUUGCCCCUGGAUAGUAAUGGCAAGCCAGAUCUGAGUUUCUUUGCAGCAGACUGCUUUCAUUUCAGUGUAAGAGGCUACGCUGAGAUGGCCAUGGCUCUCUGGAAUAAUAUGCUCUCUCCUGACAGUAGCCAAGAUGGCCAUCUGUCCAUCCAGAGGGAGAAUAAAGCUGGGCACAGUGUUUUCCUUUGA